CUGUGUAUCGUCACUUACUGGUGUCCAUUGAUUCCAAAGCAACAUGUGGUCUCCUGUAUUGGUCUGCCUUUUCGUCGGGCUCGUUUUGGGCGAUCAUGCCCCAGCCUGGAAGCCCAACACUGAAUAUCAAUAUGAAAUGCGCGGUCGCACUUUGACUGCCUACCACCAGGUCGCCGACCAAUGGGUAGGAAUUGUCACCAAAGCCAAACUUGCCAUCCGCCCCAAGACCGAAGAAGUCCUCGUCGGAAAACUUUCCAAUGCCCAAUACGCUGAAGUCAACAUGACUACUCCAGCUGAUUGGGGAAUGGAAAGCAUCGACAGACAAUUGCACUACCAAGAACUUCCCCUUAGCGGAAAGCCUUUUGAAGUGCAAUUGAAAGACGGACUCAUCCGUUCUCUCAUUGUCGACAAAUCCCUCAACAACCAGGAGGUCAACUACAUCAAAAGCAUCAUGAGUCAAUUCCAAGUCAACACUCAAGGAAAGAACUUGAUCAAAUCCAAACGCAACCAAUUGCCCGAAAAUGACCAAAUCAACGCUUUCUACAGAACCAUGGAGAAAUCCGUUACCGGUGAAUGCGAAGUUCUCUACGACAUCUCUCCUUUGCCCAAAUACGUUCUCCAAAGCCAACCCCAAUUGGCUCCUUUGGCCGAACUCUCCACUGAAGGACAAUUCAUCGAUGUCGUCAAGACUAAGAACUACAGCAGAUGCGACCAACAACCCGAAUACCACUUCGGACUUACUGGACUUUCUCAAUGGAAAUCUGCUUCCAACAAAAUUGGAGAAUUCUUCACUCGCUCCUCUGUCAGCCGUGUCAUCCUUUCUGGAAACUUGAACCGCUACACCAUCCAAUCCACUGUCACCACCAACAAAGUUUCUGUCAGACCUGGUCUCUAUGACAACCAAGAAGCUAUGGUUUACAGUACCGUUAACGCUACCCUCAUCAACAUGAAGGGAGCUUCCGAAAAGGCUCAAGGACCUUCCAAUCCCAUCAACGUUGGAGACUUGGUAUACACUUACAACCGUCCUUCUUCUUCUCACAACGAAAUCCAAGCUAAAGAAGAUAGAGAAUCCACCAGCUCUUCCAGCUCUUCCAGUUCCUCUAGCUCUUCUAGCUCCUCCAGCGAAAGCCAAGAACAAACCCACAAACACAGCAAACAAAAUGUUCGCAGACACGAAUCUAGCCAAGAACAAAGCGAAGAACAAUACAAAAACCACGGCAAAAAAUCCAGAUCUCGCCGUAGCAUCAUCAUGCCCCGCCAAGAAGAAGAACGCGAAAACCGUCGCCGUCAAGCUGCUUCUGCUAGCUCUAGCUCCAGCUCCUCCAGCUCUAGCUCUAGCUCUAGCUCUAGCUCUUCUGACAGUUCCAGCUCCUCUGGCUCUAGCGAAGAAAUCUACCAACCCAAACCUACCAUGGAUAAAGCUCCUGAAACUCCCUUCUUGCCUUUGUCUGUUGGAUUCGAAGGUAAAUCUGUACAACACUCUGUAGACACUGUCUCCAAAUGCCAAAAGUUGGCCAUGGAAAUCGGACAAGCUAUGCUCAAACCCGGAAAAAUUGUUGAAUUGAACUCUCUUGAAAAAUUCACCAUCUUGAGCGACUUGAUCUCUGGAAUGAACGAAAAACAAAUUAGCGAAGUUUGCUCUAAAUUGUACGUUCGCUCUGAUGAAAAAGACGAAUCUCGUCUUGCUGCUUGGAAAGCUUGCCGCGAUGCUGUAGCUCAAGCCGGAACUGGUCCCGCUCUUAAACAAAUUGCCAAAUGGAUUCAAUCUAAGAAAGUAAGAGGAGAAGAAGCCGCCCAACUUCUCGCUGUUCUUCCCCGCACUGUCCGCACUCCUACUGAUGAAUACUUGAAGGAACUUUUCCAUUUGAUCAAGAGCCAAGAAGUACAACAUGAACAAUUCUUGAACACCACUGCUCUCAUGACCAUGACCGAAUUGUUGGAAAAAGCUGUUGUAAACCACCAAUACUCUCGCAACUACUAUCCUAAACAAACCUUCGGACGUUUGGCCACCAAGGGCAUGGAAUUGAUCACUAAGGAAGUACUUCCCUAUUUGCAACACCAAUUGGAACGCGCUGUUUCUGACCGUGACAACUACAAAAUUCAAGUCUACAUCCGCGCUAUUGGAAACUUGGGACAUGUUAAAAUCCUCAGCGUUUUCGAACCCUACUUGGAAGGAAAACAACAAAUUACCAACUUUGAACGCAUGUCCAUGAUCGUUGCCAUGAACAAGCUUGCCAUCAACUACCCCAAGGAUGCCCAAGCUGUCUUGUACAAGAUCUACCAAAACGUCGCCGAAGCCCACGAAGUUCGUUGUGCCGCUGUUUUGCAAUUGAUGCGCACUAAACCCGAUGCUGCUCUUCUCCAACGUAUGGCUGAAUUCACCAACGUUGAUACCAACAACCAAGUUAAAGCUGCUGUCAAAACCGCUAUUCAAUCUGCUGCUCAACUUCAAAACCCUGAAAACAUCGAAUUCGCCACCAAUGCUCAAGCUGCCGCUCAAUUGUUGACUCCUGAAGUCUUGGGUCUCCAGUACUCCAGCAAACAUUUCAGCGAUUAUUACAUGAAGCACUUGAAAUUGGCCUACAACCAAGAAUUCUCUCGCAUUGGUAGCAUGGACAGUUUGGUUCCUAGCGCUAUGUUCUACAACUUGCACCAAAACUUUGGUGGAUUUGACCGCGAAUUUGGUGCUUUCAAAGCUAUGGUAUCUAGCUUCGACAAAUUGGUUGAAAUCACUUCUGCUCAAUUCCGCUCCAAGGAAUCCAGAGAAGACAAAUAUCACGAAGAUGAAUCUUCUCAUGGAAAAUGGACUGUUGAAAAGAUUGCCAAGACCUUGAACAUCAAACCCGAAGAAGCUGAACGUUUGGAAGGAAGCGUAUGGAUGAGCUUGAUGAACACCAAGCGUUUCUUCGCCCUUGACAGCCAAACCUUGAAACAACUUCCCAAACUCGUCAAAUCUGCCGCUGAAUCUCUUCGUCGUGGACAAGAAUUCGAUUUCACUAAAAUGUACAACCGCGAUGUCAUUACCAUUGCUUUCCCAUUGGAAACUGGUAUGCCAUUCGUAUACUCCAUGAAAACACCUACUUUGCUCAAGAUGACUGGUGAAAUCCGCGCCCGUACUACCCCUGAUUUGUCUGCUGGAUCUUCCAAGAUUGUUGAAGUACCUGCCUCUGUCAACACCACCGGAACCUUGAAGGCUGUAUUCUCUCAAUUGACCAAGGCUAAUGUUGGAUUCGUCAACACUUUCAAGAGCCAACGUUAUGUAGCUGGAUACAACAAACACAUGCAAAUCUACUUGCCUAUUUCUUACAAACUUGACUUCGACCUUGAAAACGCUGAAGCCCGCUUGCAAAUGACUCCUUUGGAAAAGAGCAAGGAUGCUAAAAUCUUCCACCUUAGCACCUGGCCCUACGUUGCCAAAGUUGACAUUUUGGCUUUGAAACCUAUCAGCGAAAACAACCACGUUCAAGUCCUCCAUGUCCGCCCCGUCAAACAUAUGGAACAAGUUUAUGGAAAGAAGGCCACCGGAAUUGCUUUCCGCGUUGAUGCUCACUGCGAAUCUAAAUUCAUUGAUUACGCUUGGUUGAUCGAACAAUUCAAACAUCACGAUAUUGUUUCUACUGUUGCUUUCCCCUGGGCUACUCCUGUUGUUCACUACGGACAAGUUAACAUUUAUUACGAUGCCGAACACAGCACUGCUAAACAAGUUACUUUGACCGCCUCUUUGGAUUACGAAAUUGAAGGAGAAAACACUGCUGAAAGAAAACACCCUCGCUCUCGCGGAGACAGCUCCGAACAAUUCUCUGCUCCUUCCGAUGUUGCCCCUAACAGCCAACGUCGCCAACAAAAAAUGCUCCAACAAGCUGGAAAUGGCAUUGAAAACAGCCGUGCCUACGUUGUUGACCUCAGUGCCCAAUUCGAAGGACAAGAAAAAGCCGACUUUGUUUUCACCGCUGCCUACGGUGCCAGCCCAGUAGAUAAGAAAUCCCGCUUCAUUUUCUUCUAUAACCAAUCCCCUGCUCAAGCUCAAAAAUACCAAGUAUGCUUGUCUGCCGAAUCUAAGAUCCCCAACGUACCUGCCUUGAGCUACCGCAAAGCUUUGCAAUUUGAUGCCACUUCCAACUUGGAUGUACAAAUCAACUUCGGAGAAAAAUGCAAAUCUGGAGCUGAAAUUGUUCUUAAGGGAAAAAUGCAACAAACUGAAGAACGCAAAGAAUACUUGCGCAGACAUGCUUUGGCUCAAAAAUGCGAAGAACAAAUGCAACACGGAGACUACCAACUUCCUGCCUGCCAAAACAUGACUGUUCGCGCUAACAUCAUGGAUCUUUACACUUUGACCGCUGACUACCACAACGUUCCCGUCUCUGCCAAGAACACUACCUACAAAUUGUACAGUGCUCUUCGUCAAUUGGUAUACCCUUACAUGAGCGAAAAUGUCUAUGACGUACACAACAAGGAUGACAGAAUUGAAAUCCAAGCUCGUCUUGCCGCCGAUUUGAAAUCUAUGAACACUACUUUGACUACUCCUCGCAUGAACGUCAAGCUCACCAACUUGCGUGUCAACCGCUGGGUCAGACCUGUUAUUGCUAUGCACCCAACCAUGACUCUUGCUGAACGUCUCGGCAAAAAAGCUUUGCGCGACCAAUAUGCUCCCGUUUGCUCCAUUGGACAACGUAGCAUCAACACCUUUGACAACAUGACCUUCCCCGCUCAAUUCGGAAAAUGCUGGCACGCUUUGUUGCAAACUGUUCCCCAAAAGUAUUCCGAAGAACGUGAAUACAGCGAAGAACAACAAUACGACCGUCAAAUGUCCGUCCUCGUUCGUGAAAACGGCGAAGAAAAAGACGUUAUGAUUGUCUUGGGCAACCGUUACAACAUUGAAUUGCAAUUUGGAUCCUCCACCCCCCGCAUCAUGAUCAACGGCAAAGAACAACACAUCGCUGAAAAACAAGCCGCUCAAGUCUUCUCUUCCCGCUACUCCCGCCGCAUUCCUUUGAUCUCUGCCUACGCUUUGCCCAGCGGAGAAUUGAAGGUUGACAUCCGCGGACAACAACUUCAAGUUAUCUUCAACGGAAAGCAAAUCAAAUUGAUCGCUAGCGACUCCUUGCGUCAAUACAUCCGUGGUAUCUGCGGAACCUUCUCCGGAGAACGUGCUGAUGACUUCACCACCCCCAAGAACUGCGUCGUCCGUGAUGCUCGCAUGUUUGUAGCCAGCUACGCCCUCGCCGACGAUUCUUGCCAAGGACCCGCCAAAGACUUGCAACGCCGUGUUUCUGAUGCCAUCUGUGUUCGCAGAGAAACUGUCUACGGAAACGUAAUCAGCGAACGUCAAGCCGGACGCAAAUCUCACCAACAAGAAUCCAGCUCCUCCAGCUCCAGCAGUGACUCUUCCAGCUCCAGCAGCUCUUCCUCUUCCAGCUCCAGCAGCUCCUCUUCUGAAUCUUCCGAAGAAAAAACCUCCCACAAAAAAUCCGGAAAGAAGGAACACAAAUCCUGCUCCAUCAAGAAGCAAGUACAAUUCGUAGAAAAAGACGGUAAACUCUGCUUCAGCAUCCGUCCCUUGGCCGCUUGCCAAAAACACUGCAAAGCCACUGAAACCACUCAAAUGGAAGUCGAAGUAUACUGCCCCUCUGGCAGCCUUGCUGAACUUUACAAACAAAAGAUCCUCAAGGGAGCCAACCCCGACUUGAGCGACAAGACUCCUUCCAGAAUCUUGAAAUUCAAGGUUCCCAAAGCUUGCACCGCUUACUAAAUCUGAAAUAAAUUACAUGGAUUAGUUCAUUUCUGAUGUAGUGCAAUUAGUUCGAUAAUAAAUUAUUCAAUGAGCAUUUAA